CACUUUCCGACCAGACACUAAAAAAGCGACAGUGGAGGAGGGAAAACCCAAAAUUUCAAAUCAUCCGCAUUCUACGUAUUCCAUCACCACCUCACCGUAUAUUUACAUUUUCACAUUCCCCUAAUUACAGGAAUUAUUCCAGCAUAGAAUUCUCAGACAUCGAUCCCCACAAGCUCCAAAUCUCCGGCCAUCAUCCUCCGAAUUUCUUUAAUCUUCCGGAAUUCGGUUGGCGGACAUUAGGGCUGCUUGUAUUGGGCACAUGGCGCACGAAGGCGGGGCCCGAAACCGGGUCGGACUGGCCUUUGACCUUCCUGACGAGGUUCUGGCGGUCAUACCGAUAGACCCCUACGAUCAGCUGGAUCUGGCUCGUAAGAUAACGUCCAUGGCAAUUGCGUCGCGGGUCACUAAUCUCGAGGCGGAGGCGGGGAGCCUCCGUGAUAAGCUCCAAGACAAGGACAGACUCAUCCGAGAGCUCGAGGACAAGGUCUCGCGGCUAGAGGGUGCGUAUGAGGAUGCGGAAUUGCGGUUGAGAAUCGCGAACGAAGAUAAUAUGAAGCUAUUGAAGGAGAAAGAAUCCUUGGCUUUGACUGCAAAGAAGCUCAGUCGUGAUUUGGCGAAGUUGGAAGCGUUUAAGAGGCAAUUGAUGCAGUCAUUGAAUGAUGAAAAUUCUCCGCAAACAGAAACUGUAGAUAUUGGCACUUACGACCAAUCAGUUUCCAUGGCAUACUCCAAAAAUGAUGACGUGUCGAAUGGCUACAGAAAAAUUCAUUCUUAUAGUGGGUCUACUGACAGCACAAGCAUAAAUGAUGAUGUCUCUAAGCAAGCUGCUCAAAGAUUAUUUAUGACUCCAUAUAAAACAUCUAGAUUUACUCCUGUCGGGACUCCAAAAAUAAUUACUAGUGUCUCCUAUGGAGGGUACUCAGUUGCUGAUUCUCCUCGGACAACUUCCAACCCUGCUUCUCCUAGAACCCAAUAUGAUGGACGGGGUUCACUUUCUUCAUGGUUCCCAUCAAGCCAGCAAUCAUCGGCAGCAAACUCUCCUCCACAUGGACGACCACUGCCAGCUCGGACUCCUCGUAGUGAUGGAAAGGAGUUCUUCCGCCAGGCCAGGAGUCGUUUAUCACUUGAGCAAUUCAGUGCAUUUUUGGCCAACAUAAAGGAACUAAAUGCACAAAGGCAAUCUCGUGAGGAGACCCUGAGAAGAGCAGAAGAGAUAUUUGGGGUAGAUAAUAAAGAUCUGUAUAUAUCAUUUCAAGGGUUGCUCAACCGUAACAUGCACUAGAAGAGCUUGGACUUUUCAGCUCAGAGAAUACUGCCUACGAGCACCAUUCUCUUUGGCAGAGAUAUCAUUUGUGAUUUUAGCAGCGCAUUACAAGCACUCUGUAUCAGGUUAAACCAAUACCUGGUUGAGGCUCCCUGGAUAACUGCUUCUAGAUUUUUUGGUUGUUAAUAGAUUUGUACAAAAUGCAAUCUACUAAGCUUGAGGAAGAGAGCUUACUAGGCCAAGUCUCUCUAUAUUUCUUUAAAGUAAGGAAUCAUGUGAUAAAAAUUGCAUUUUCAACAUUGCCAAUCAUCUGAGACAAGUCUAUAUGGCUCGACUCACAUGGAUUGCUCACUGUAAUGUACGUCGAGAAGAUUUUUGGAA